AUGGAAGACCACAGCAAUAACAACGGGGCGCCUCCAGUUCUUCCUCAUUCUCUUGUCUCUGGAACAAAAACAGAAGAAAAGAAUACCCAUCCCGUCAUCAAACUACAACAUCAUCAUCAUCAUCAACAACAACAACAACAACAACAACAACAACAACAACAGCAUCAUCACAUUCUUGGCAACAUUGUCACGUCAAGGCCUAAUUUGGGAUGCUUGGUACGGCCUACCGAAACGACCAACCUGCUUGGCAACUCAGACUGUUGCCCGUCCCGUAUUCUCCCAUUCUCCCUUUGCCUUUAUUCCAUUGCUUAUUUAUCCCAGCCGCUGAGCCCUGCUCCCUCCGAGACCUUGGACCUUCCCCUCCACCUGAACCUCCCUGGCCCCCCUCUUCUUACAUACUACCAGCUCUUCCACUCAACUUCUCUGAUCCUCCUAUUUACCACCGAACCUCGACAACAAAAAAGUCCUCAUUGGGGGGAAAAGAAGAAGAAGAAAAAGAGCGAAAAUCGAUUCCUCUGGGGCAGAGCCUACAAAACAGGACCCAGCCGUUCAAAUUGCAACUGGUACGGCGGAUUCAGAUUCGAUUCUCACCCAACUCCCUCCAACUUGACUCGGCUCGAUUAGGCCCAGUGGGGAGGUUAGGCGGUAUAUCAAAAAAUAGAUUAACCUUAAAAGUUCCGCGACAGCCUCACAUCAGCUUAAACGUCUCAGCACACGUCAGUCGCCAACCGUUCCUGUCGACGUCAAACUUUUUUGCGGCAUCUCAUCUGAAGUCGGAAGCUACUACAGCGGGAAAGAAAAAAACAGAAUAUAUAUCUCGGCUGUAAAUGAUCGACAGCGAGUAAACACCCUGAAAAGAAAAAUAAGCCACAAUAGUCGAAACGCCUCUCCACGUACUCCAUAACGACACAAAGAGUCUAUUUCCGCCGCAGCCUCGGAAGAUCGGAGUACUGGCCACUCGAUCCGAGCCUGUUCAUUACAGCCCCUGUCAGCUGCUAGGCCGAUCAUCCGUGUUGUUUCUAUCCCGGUGGGGCGAUAUCCCCAGCGCCGCGCAAGCCUUGGCUCCUCCUGAGUUGCAGGACCAGGGUUUUUUGGGUGCCGCCGCCGCACAGCAACUAUAUUUCAAGCUUUCUUGUUUGGAUGGUGGAUCCACACUCCCUC